AUGCCGCCGAAGACGACCACGACGAAGAAGGAGCAAUCCCUGCGAUCGUUACAGACUCGACUCAACUCAUAUCUGUAUAUGUUUGAGGACAUUCUCAAGUUUUCUCAGUCCAUGAAUGAGCAAACCACAGAAAUUCAGGUGUCGAUUAGGGUUGAUAAAUUGGAGGAGUUAUGGGAAACGAUUAGUGAGGCUAUAGUGGAGGUAGAAUCGCAUGAUGAUUACAGUGAAGAAGAAGAGGAAUGUUGUAAAAUUAGGGCAUCGUUUGUGCAGCGGUAUUUUUCGGUCAAGACGUCAUUGAUGGAGAAGGCUAAGGAGCUGGAAGAUGCCACAUUGAACCAGUCGCGUGUUUUGGAUGCAUCGCAGUCGCAGCCUACGUUGGAACAUGUUCGCCUUCCACAAAUCCAGCUACAAACCUUCAGUGGCAAUAUCGACGAGUGGCUGAGUUUCCGGGAUUUGUACACCUCGUUGAUCCACUGGAAGGCCGAUCUUCCGGACGUCGAGAAAUUCCAUUACCUGAAGGGAUGUCUCACAGGUGAAGCGAAGGCUCUCAUAGAUCCGUUGUCCAUCACUAAGGCGAAUUAUCAGGUGGCGUGGGACACCUUGGCGAAACGGUACAACGACAGCAAGCUGCUUAGGCGUCGGCAAGUCCAAGCUUUGACCAAACUACCAGUGUUGGCUAAGGAGUCAGCCUCGGAGCUUCAGUCCUUGCUGGAAGGCUUUGAGCGGAUCGUCCAAAACUUGGAUCAGCUUAUUCAACCCCAGGACUACAAGGAUUUGUUGUUGAUGGACAUUCUAGGAUCCCGCCUAGACCCGGUCACACGUCGAGCAUGGGAAGAGUAUUCGGCUUCCAAGGAACAGGAUUCCAUCAAGGAUCUAACGGAUUUCCUUCAAAAACGGGUUCGAGUGCUAGGUUUGCUUCCUUCGAAACCUACUGAUCUCAAGGGAGAGUCGGCUGGCAUGUCGAAUAAGAAGUUCGUAGUCCCACGAACAAGUUAUAGCGCGGUUCAAACAUCUGGUUAUCGAUGCGUGGCUUGUUCAGAACCCCAUCCGCUGUAUCAAUGUCCAACAUUCCAGGGUCUCUCUGUGUUAGGUCGAGAAAAACUCCUUCGCAAUCAUUCGCUGUGCCGUAAUUGCUUUCGUCGUGGACAUCAAGCUUCCGAGUGCUUCUCUCACUUCGUUUGCAGGAAAUGCAAGGCGAAGCAUCAUACAAUGAUUUGUUUUCGAUCGGACAGGGCCGAUACAACUGAAGAUAGCCCACCGCAUUCACCGGUACAUGCUGAAUCAAAUACCGCAAGUACGGCGCAGCGAAAUACCAGUCCAAGUACCUCCGCAGUCCGAGAAUCCGUCUCAUCCAAUACGGCGUUCCAACGUUCUUCGUCAGUGCUGCUAGCUACAGCAGUGGUUUUAGUGGAAGAUGACACAGGUAUCCGUUUCCCUGCACGGGCCUUGCUGGACUCUGGGUCCGAAUGCAAUUUCAUGACGGAGAAGUUAUGCCAACGUUUGAACAUCCAACGGAGGCGUUCGGAUGUAUCCGUCCUGGGUAUAGGACAGUCUAAUACGCGGAUCAAACACAAAGCUGUGGCAACGAUCAAAUCACGAGUUUCCGAGUUUUCUCGUGAAAUGGAAUUCCUCGUUCUGCCAGAGGUUACGGCAGAUCUUCCAACAACAAACAUCCAAGGGGCAUGCUGGGAGAUUCCACGAGGCGUGCAGCUGGCGGAUCCAGCAUUUUUUAAUUCCAACUUGGUCUUCGGAAUCCAGCAUUUCUUCGCGUUCUUCAAGACUGGUAAUGAAAUGGAUCUGGGGAACGGUCUACCCACGUUAACGGAGUCUGUAUUCGGCUGGGUGGUGUCCGGUCGAGUGAUUGUUGAUUGUCCAAAUCCGAAAGUUUCCUGCAACAUGGCAGCCACUGAUAGUUUAGAGAAAAUCCCAUCUCGAUCUUUAGCAUGCGCGAAAGUCAAGGGGCCGAACAACUACUACCCCAUGGGAACAGAGUGCGGGGCGCACUGCAGUAGGGCGAUCAAGCGAGGAAACGCGGUCGCAAGUGUAUCAAGAGAGGUUCAUGGCGAAAUUCCUGGAGUUAGGACACAUGCGCAGGGUGGAUGUGUCAACCAAAAGGGCAGGCAGUUAUUUACACCGCCAUUCCGUUGCUGA